AUGGAGCACGCGCGGGAAGCCCAUCCGGCGGUGGCGAUGGACAACGGCUGCAAGGCAACAAAGCUGGUGACUAAGGUGAAGGGCAACGUGAUUUUUGAGAAGAACAUGUGGCAGGCCAAUGCAAUAGCUAUACAGCUGGCGAUCCGCAAUGGCAGUCGAGACCCGGUGACUAAGCUACUCACGGAUGCCGUGCAGGGGUACUUUGUCUCCGUGCAACUGGUCGGAAAGUCUUCGCUUCGAAGCGGUGGGCAAGGAAGUGACUCCUUUGGUUGGUGGUGGCUGAACCUGUUCAGGCCUUUCCUGGCCUACUAUGCAGUGUGUUUAGGUGCCGGCAAUAUCGGGGAUCCGAUCGUAUCCACCGUACCACAUUCAAUCAUGUACGUGCAGUGA